GGGGCGGGGAUUGGGGCUUCGGGCCCUGGGCUGGCCGAGGGGAACAUGGCGGUGUCCGCGCUGCAGCUGGGGGAACUGGCCCUGCACGGAGCUGCCUUCCUCUGCGGGGUGGUCUGCGCCUCGGCCCUGACCGUCACCCAGGGGGAGUUUGGUGGCCAGUGUAUCCUCUAUGGGUCCGUAGACAAGAACGGGACGGCCCUCGCUCUGUCUCGCUUUAGCAACAUCUCCCUCUGUUACUUCGUCGCUGCCAUCUCCAUCCUUAUCGCUGUGUACUGCUUCGCAAUGCUGCUCUACGGCAUCUACAGCUGCUGCAUGGACGAGAGGCAGUGGGAUCACACCUGGCUCACCAUCAACCUGGCAAUCUCUGCUGUGAUCCUCUUCUUCCUGCUGGUCUCGGCCUGUAUCCUCCGGGUUGGGAUGGACACUCUGUGCUCGUCCAUCCUCCAAACCAAACUUGUGAAAAGCUGCCAAGAGGCCCAGCAUGCACAGUGGUUCCCACAGUAUAAUGCAGCGAGGUUCUACGACAAUCUCUACAGUGCUGAGGCGGCUGCCUGGGUGAACUUCUUCUUCUGGUGUCUGCUGCUGGUCCUGCUGCUUGUGCAGCGCAGACGGGAAGCCCCGUUCCAGCUCCUGCAGCGCAACGACCCCGAGUGGAGCUCCGAGACAGAUGCCAUCUUUGGUGCCCGGCCACAGAGGCCGUGAGGAGACUGGGAGGGACAAGCAGCCUCAGUUUGGGCAAGGGGGGAAGUGUGUGUGUGUGUGUGUGUGUGAGUGAGAGAGCACACGCACGAUUUGGGGGAGAGGAGAGGGCUGGAAGCAUCUCCCCGCCCCCACUCCCCCACCCACCAGUGCCUUUCCUCUGGCUUCAGGGGUGCUCUGCUUGUCCUCCUCUGGCCGUUCUGGUUCUUGAUAGUGAGGAAAGUCAAUGGGACGGCCAAUGAUCCUGUCUGUCUGGCGUGAUCCCACUCAUAGUCCCAACCUCCAGUACCCGUCUCCUCCCACCUCCACCUCUACAGAGGGGGUGGGCCAGGACUAGGGUUCACCUCACACACAGGCACCCUACGGGGGGCGGGGGGUUCUGGAUAUGAGAGGAUUUCAGCACAGACAUGAGCUGUGCAGCGUUCCUUGACAUGCCCCUCGGAACCCACUGUUGACACUGCAGGUUGGGUAAUCCUUGGAUCUGGAGGACACCAGUAGCCACAUCCAAUCUCCCCUCCUCUGAAGCUCUCUGAUGUCAGUGUGAUGGGCUUUAUGUAAGACUGUGGGGUGCAUCUGCCUUAAAUACCAGAGACACUGGGAGUGCAUGAGCCCAUUCCAGCUGGGCGUGUGUAAUCACAGAACUAGCUUAGUGGAGGCAGAGUAAUUCUUCUCAGGGAGUGGGGAAAGGAGGGCUUAGAGCAGGCCCCUGCCCGGAUGGAGGAGAGAAGACCCAGCAGCACCACCAUGACACUAGUUAUAGGAUGUGGGGCCAGGGGAAGCCCUUGAAAACCAAGUGCCAAUGGGCUGGGUGUCCGAUUGUCCAAAGCUGGUUGCCAUACCCUCUCAGCAAGAGGGCACCUCAUUUCAGGAGCCAAAGAGAGAAUGCCAGCUGCCUAAGUGCAGGCAAUCCCACUGGGCCAGCAAGUGCCUUCCACGGGGUGUUUGAAGACCAGAGCAAGAGGGAAGGGCCCAUUCAUGCCUAAAUGCCUCUGCAGACCCCCUCCUGCUCAAGGGUCGGGAUCUCCUUGCACCAUUAUUGUAUGUGGAACUGGGCCCAUUUCUUGUGCCUUUCAUUUUGUACUAAACCUUGUUAUUAAAAUGAUGAUUUUUACCAGA